AACCAGCUGUUCGGCUGUCAAAGUGGAGAAAAAACAGCUGUUCGGCUGCCAAAGUGAAAGAAAAGGUGAGCAGUGAACAAAUUGUGAGCAAUAAGCACCAUAAAAACCUCGAAAAAAGAGUACCAAGUGCAACAUUACAAACAUGCAACGAAAGAUGCCUCAAAACCCGAUACAUCAGAGGAAAGGAAUAAUUCCGAUCAGGGUGUUCGCCAGCGAUUCCUCAUCUUCAGCCAGCGAUGCGGACAGCAGCUCGGGUGGUUCCCGCUCAGGCUCAAGCUCUGAUGAGGAUGAAUCGCCCAAUGAGGAGGCAAUAGUCAUUGAAGACUCCUCGGAGGGGUCAUCGGAGGUGUCAUCGGAGAUGUCCUCGGAGAUGUCAUCGCCCGUUUAUGAGUACAACAGCGGACCAUUGCCCUCGAUGCCGCUGUACGAUGAGGAAACAAAUGAGUUUAAACCUCCCACUGAUCAGCACAUCAGAGAGAUGUCCGAGACGAUUGCAGAAACUGAUUUUAAGCAACCGAAGUGCAGCGUUAAGUACGAGGAACCUGAACCCGUCACUGACUACGAUGAGGAUUCGGAUGGCUUUUCCUCGGGCGACGACUCCGAGAUCAGCGAUGAGGCGGAAAGUGCGCAAAUGAUUCAUCCUUUAAGCAAGCGAAAGGCUGCCUGGUUGAAGUUCACAUUGGGCACGGGUGAGGUGCCCUUUCGUUAUGUCAAAGAAUCGCCGGGCAGUUUCUGUGAUUACUCCGUUGAGGCAGAGGCGACGGCGGCCACAGGCAGCGAGUUCUACGAGGAUGGUGUCAGCGAUGGGCAGGAUCCCAAGGAGACGCACAUUUUCCAGGUGAUCAAUCAGGCGGAGAUCUUCGAGCAGUACGAGCAAACCUUUCGCGCUGUCCUCUCCAUGGUUGAGGAGAGUUGCAGCCACUUCAGGUUCGACCUGCAUCAGCUGCUGUAUCCCUUGUUGACGCUGACCUAUCUGCAAAUGGUCGCCAGCGACAAUGCGAAUGGUGGCUGGAGCUUCUUGAGACACUGCUGCCGAUGCUUGGACGAUGCCUCGUACAAGUCGCGGCUGGAAACGCUCGCAAAAAUCCUGCGACCAGAGGAUGUGCCAGCCAAGGCGCGCUUGCUGCUAAAUGGACACGAGAAGGUGAAGAUAUUUAUGUCACGCGGCGCCUACAGGCAGUGUGUGCUGCAGCUGGCACGGCUGCCUUAUUGGCAGCAGGAUAAAGUCCUCGGACACUUCAUCAUUCGUAGCUACGACGAGGCAAAGCUGCCGCUGCAACGUUUGCGCUUGGGAAAUCCCCCGCUGAAGGCCAUGGUGUGGACUGCGCCUGGCAUGCACGAAGAACGCGCUGCUGCCGCCGGUCGUCACCGCAAGCGAGACUUCGCUGGGCACUUCAGUGUGCCCUUCAGGCAGCAGUUGUACACUCCACCACCCAGUCUGAAGGAUGAGAUUAAGCGCAGGACACACGAUCAGCAGCGUGAGACGCUGGAUCGUGAGCGCCUGCCCUCGGUCUAUCUGUACACGGCCACGGCCGGCGAGGAGCGCAUUCUCUGCGCCGAUUUCUCGGUCAACUACGAGAUGCUGGCCCUGGGCACAAGCACCUCGCUGUUGCAAGUCUUCUCGGUGGAUAACUCGAAGCUGCUGGAGGACAUGACACUCAGCACGGGCAGCACGGGCAGCACGGACAAGCGGCACAAGCGCACCUUGUGUGGCCAUCGGAAAGCUGUCUACGGCUGCUCCUUCGGCCCGGACGAUCGCUAUUUGCUGAGCUGCUCGCUGGACUCGGAUGUGCGCCUGUGGUGCCUGCGCUCGUGGCGCUGCCUGGUCAUCUACACGUGCCACCUGGCUGCCGUCCAUUGUGUGGUGUUUGACCCGCUGGGCUUCUACUUUGCCACCGCCUCGGCGGAUGGCACGGCUCGUGUUUGGGCGCAGAGUGUCAAGAAGCCCGCACGCCUCUUCUCCGGCCACUUGGCCAGCGUGGAGGUGUGCCAGUUCCAUCCAAACAGAUACUAUUUGGCCACAGGAUCGGCGGACUGCACCGUGCGCAUCUGGGAGAUUGUGAGCGGCCGUCAGGUGCGUCUGCUGAGCGGCCACAAGGCGCGCGUCCAGUCGCUGGCCUUCUCCAAGUGCGGCCGCUUCCUGGCCUCUGGCGGCGCCGACAAUUUGCUCAUUCUGUGGGACAUGCCACGCGAGCGCAUGAUGCGCUGCCUGCGCCACCACACGGCCGUCAUUGACUCCUGUGACUUUGAUAUGAACAACAAUCUGCUGGUGGUGUCCAGCCGCGAUGGUCGGCUGUCCGUCUGGGACUUUGAUCGUCUCCUGCAGGACUCUGCCGGCCGUGGCAGUGCUCUGCCACAGCUGCCGCUGAAGUCGUACGACAACCAUGAGGGAGCCAUCUGCAAGGUGUCCUUUACCAAUGCCAAUCUCCUGAUGGGCGUGCGCCUGGCACACAAGUCGCACAGGAAGUGCCAAUAUUAGUCAUGGAAUAUUGCCAAAUAAAUGAUGCACAGAUUUACUAUAGCAAAUCCAUUUGCCUGCACGAGGACUCUCUGUGGACACGUCUGCCGCACACAAAUGCACUUCGGGGGGGUCCCUUCUUUGGGGGAAAAUCAAAAUUCUGGGCAGGCCACUCUGGCACCUGGGAGAGGGUUUCAGGAUUCAAAGUGAAUGCCUAUGCCCGCAUCCACACCGGCGACUGGACCGGACCACUUAGGACGCAGGAACUGAAGGGUUUCCCACUUUUAAUGCCCAGCACGUUUCUCCAAUAAAAUAGCAACAGCAACAGCUACAUUGGCAACAAUCCUUUAAGUUCUUCGACACAUCGCAGUGGGCAGGAAGGCGCUGUAGAGGCGAAACCUGGUCUACCGUUUAUGCUGGGACAGGGUGCCGCGGGGCAUGAUGAAAUUACUGGACUAGGAGGAAUACUAACACUUGGAUGUGACAG